AAUUUGGUAUUCGGUAUUCAAAAUAAUUUAGGAAUAAUAAAUUUUGUGUUUUUUGUGUAAAUAAAAUAAUGAACAUUUGUAAAACGUUAGUCAUUAAUGAUUAAACCUCAGAACGUGCUCUUAUGCUAGGGACUGAUACUCAUCCCCUCAACAUCAUCAUCCACAUACGACGACGACGACAUCGAAUCAGCAUUGAUAUUGAAAUUCUUCUCGACAGAAGUUCUUUUAAAAGUUAACUAGUGGAUGAUCCAGUGAAAUCCAACCAGUCAGACAAAUUGUGACUCUUGGAAAAUCUUUUAAGUGGUCCAUACAUAAGUUGCAGCCCGAAUGUGAUUUUCGACAGUAGUUGUUUCGAUUUUUCUUCAAAAUUCAGUCACAGGAGGACUCCGAAAUGGCUGCAGCAGUCGAUCCAAGGAAACGCUCCCGAGAGGAGGACGUCAACGAGUUCAUGCCGUUGUCCAAGCGGAUCAACAAUUUGCACCUGAACGCUGCCAGCCAGCAGGGAUUCGCGGGCCAGGAGCACAAUCCCGGCACGGCUGUAGGGCUUCACAUGCCAUUCCUGGAGGGACACCACGUUCAUCUACCGCCAGUGCACCACUAUCAUCAUCCCCAUCAGUUGGCAGGCCAUUCCGGUGGUAGUAGCAGCUCGGGGGGAAGUUCCUGUCACUCGAUUCCAUCGGGUGGCAGCUCACCCAGUGGAGGAUCCCGAUCGGGGCUUUCGCUGCCUAGGGAAUUGCCACCGCUAACGGUUAAUGGGGAACUGUUGGGAGAUUAUUGUCCGGAUCUGGCCGAGCACGAGAACCCACACUACUUCGAUAGGAACAAAUUGCUGUACGAGCUGUACGUGGAGCGUAUGCGGCGGUUGCAGUAGGGAAGAGUGAACUCGUUCGAUUGCAUUUUUCAUCAUUGAAGGUAUAUUUUUGCUAACAACUUUUAUUUCGUAAGAUGUGUUUUGCUGAAAAGAGGCCCAUGUUUAAAAAAAAAAUAAAAAAUACUAAUACUGAACGACUGAAGUCAACUCUUCAAGGUCGUUUACAAGAUCGGAACCCAUGGUGAUAUAAUUGGAGAAAAAAAAUCUUUUUCUGUGUUUAAAAAGUUGCAUUAACAUGUAUUUUCUACCACGUAGAGGAAAAAAAAAUAUACGUUUCAAUUUAACAAUCGGAGUCAAAUUCAAAUACCAAAAUCAAAGUUUUUCUUAUUCGAACAAAGUCUAAUGAUCCAAACAUUAAUGGUUGAUUUUAGGCGGUGUUCGUUCCGAAUAUAAUAUGCUGGAUAAUCUUAGUACCUACCGAGGUAUUGAUGAAGCUCACUUUAUGUUAAGAUGCAUGCUUAUUAUUGAAUAUGAAUACCUAUCUAUUUAUAACGAAUAAACGUGAUUUGAAAAAA